GCGCACAUGGGAAAAUCUAGAGCAGGGAAGUGAAACUGGCAGCCAGCUCCAAUUCCAGUAUCAGUUUAAAUACCCAUAUUUGACAUGACUGAACUGCAUUCUUUGAAAUACAAAUGGAAAUCCCUUUCUCUAUUUAAGUUUUAAUUUACAAGGCAAGGAAAUUGCAUCGUGCAGGGAAACCAGUGGUACUGAUAUAUUUAUCAGGAUGUUUUUUCCCCUUUUUAAAUGACUAAAAGGAGAAAAAGUACAGAUAUCACCAACUGGCAGAUGUGGAAACAGAAAAAAUGUGAAUGAGACUGCGUGCUGGCAGUCUCACAGCCUCAGAUCAGCUUUGUGUGCUUGGAAUACAUUGCCAGAGGACAGCAGGAGAGAGAGCAGAGAAAGCUUGCAAGAGGGUGGGAGGGAAGUAGGGAUGGCUACUUAACUGAGGGUGAACCGCUGUGUGAGCGUGAUCUACCACUGUCGCACUCGCCGUUCCUGUGGUAGAAAUGAGGGAUUUAGCACAUCUGCAUCUCUGUCACAUCAAGAUCUGGUUUAAUUGAGGCAUUCAUUAAUACACAUGGGAUGCAUUUUUGAGAAAAGGACUGGGAAGUUACCGUUACUUAACUGCUGAACCACUCUCGAUGCAGAUUUUGAUGGAUCUUGUAGGAUGAUAUCUACAGGUUGUUUUUGAUUUAAUUCUUCCCUUACAAGGAGGAGUCACUGAAGCAGUGGUUUGCCAAUGUGUGGGAACAGCUGAUCAAAACUGCCACUUCUCAGGGAUGUUCCCCAGAGGACAACUCAGUGGACAGGAUGAAUCGUACAAACCAGAGCCACUUCCAGUCUCACCGAAGAGAGCAGACCUGCAGAGGAGGAAAUCACAGAGCCCCAAAGCGGGGCAAAGCCUGCGCAGAAAGCUGCAAAAGUGCCUGCAGGGGCAAGAUGAUGACUCCUGUCACAUCCUCUCAUCAGUGGACACCAAAGCUGAUCUCACCCAGUCUGGGGAAAACAGUUCUGAUGUGAAGGACACUAUACCCAGGCACACUGAAAGGAUUGGGAAUGAAGAAGAGAAGGAGGAGAUGGAGGAUGACGAGGCAGAAAAGGGUUCUAGUAACAUAGUGGAACAUAUCCUAAAAGAGCUGAAAGGCAUCAACAAAAUUCAAGAGGAAAUAUCUGACCUAAGGCAGUAUCUAACAUCUGUGCGAGGCUCGGUGGAUGAAGUAUCUUGUUGUGUUGAUGCAGUGCUCAGUGAAAUAGGUGAGCUGUACUCUGGGGCUUCAGCUUCUCCUCAUCCUAGUCCUGUUUCUCAAACACCCCGCAUCAGAAGGGGAAGCCUAGGUAGGCAGAACGCCAUAACAUCUAUUCAUUCAGCAUGUAUACCAUCUCAAAGAUCACUGAUACAAUGGAAUGUUGAUAGAGUCACACUCCAGUCAGACCAGCAACCAGACCAAGAGACCUUGGAGCAGAGUUCAAACAGGAGCCCUACAAAGCCUGAUCCCGGCUAUCUGGAGCUUCAUUGUGGCAAUGGCUAUCAAAGCAACAGUUCUUUGUCAUCAUGUCAUAGUUCCAACUAUCCGGAAGCAGGCUUUCUCUCCGGUGACACAGAAUAUGAUGGGUGGACUCCUGUUGAUAUACAGCACAGUAUUAGUGGAGAAGGAGGUUGGAGUGAAGAGGAUAUCUACUCCUGUGCAAACAGUGCAGAAGGGCUUGAGAAUAGUUUAGGUGUUUGGGAUAGGUCUGCUACAGAUGAAACACUAAGUACCACACCUGGUCAUUCUUCACAUAACAGCUCGGAGCAUCUUUCUUUGCUGUUUGGACAACAUUACAACUCUCCCUCAAGUUCAUCAAGUAUGGUGGACUGGAGGCCUCCCAGACUACAAACAGAAGAAGAAAACUUGGAAUGUGACUGUUCUGCACACUGCCCAUACUCCCGUAGUUCUGGUUACCACACCAUGGAUGCUUGUGCAAACGCACUAGGUAGUGGGCCCUCCAGGAGUUUGAGUUGCUCCACUGUGCUGUUGACGGAUUGUGAUGAUGGUUACCGGGAGACACAUUCACUUUGUGAUGACUGUCCAUCGUCAGGUGAUACUCUUGAUCUGGGAUCUGCUGACAGUUUGGACAGGGAGUGGACAGAUCCCAGUGUCUCAAGGGAUGAAGCAGAUGAUUCUUUGUCACUACAGUCUUCUGAAAAAGAUCCAGAUAGUACCCAGGGCCCCAAUGUAGGUUUUGAUGUCACAACUUUCAGCAAGGCUGUACUCACUUUCAGAUCAGCUUUAAAAGGAGCUCUGAAAAAGUUGGAAGGAUCCAGCCCUGAAAGUGUGAAAGAUGAUAGUGGCUCUGAGGCAUCCCCACCCCCUGCCAGAUGGGUCGCUGUACAGGAGCCAAGCAGUACAGAUUGUACAGAGGGAGAAGUUAGUUCGGCAGAAAAUCACACUCAUUUUGGCACUCCAAAAGAGGACAGUGAGGCCUCAGUCUAUGUUGAUUGUAGAGAGCCACAUGAGACCCUACCAUGUUCCCUACAAGCAUCUCCCCGUGAAGCAAGCCACUCUCCCCGCACCCCAACUGAGUAUCACUCUGUGGAGAUUUCACAUGGCAAGGGAGAAUGUCCUACUGAUGGGGAAUUGUCCAACCUUGACUUAACACCAGACCACUGUCCAGAAAGGCAGAGCAUAAGUCCUUUGACACCAGUGCUCAGUGCAGACGAGGUGCGGUUGAGUCCAAUUAGGGAAAACCACAUUCUUGAUGAGGCAAAUCAAGGAAAGUCUACCGAUGCCAGUCACAGAGAGCGUAUGGCUAAUUUCCAGCGCAUUCUGAGGGAGAAGAGGCAAACCCGUCACAGACUGUCUAAAUCUGCUCAAGGGUCUCAGGGAUCCCGUGGCUCCUAUGGCUCUCAAGGGUCUCAGGGAUCCCAAUCUCAAGACGAGUUUUUUCCAGAGUGUUGGAGAGAAGAGAAUCAGGUUCGAGAUGAAGAAGAACCCAAUGCUAGACAGGCCUGGGUCAAACCAGGUGGUGGAUCUGGUCUAUAUGGAAUUGACAGCAUGCCAGACCUGCGUAAAAAGAAGCCUAUCCCCUUGGUCAGCGACGUGGCUAUGUCUCUCGUCCAAGCCAGGAAGGCAGGGAUCGCAUCUGCCAUGGCUGCACGGUCCUCAAUCAAGGAUGAGGAGCUGAAAAAUCACGUGUAUAAGAAGACCCUACAGGCUCUGAUUUACCCCAUAUCCUGCACUACACCACAUAACUUCGAGGUGUGGACCGCCACGACGCCCACGUAUUGUUAUGAGUGUGAGGGACUGCUGUGGGGAAUAGCUCGCCAAGGCAUGCGUUGCUCCGAAUGUGGGGUAAAGUGCCAUGAGAAAUGCCAAGAGUUGCUGAAUGCUGACUGUCUACAGCGUGCUGCGGAGAAGAGUUCUAAGCAUGGAGCUGAAGACCGUACUCAGAAUAUCAUCAUGGCCAUGAAGGACAGGAUGAAGAUCAGGGAAAGGAACAAACCAGAAAUCUUUGAACUUAUCAGGGAAGUGUAUGUCAUCAGCAAAGCCAUCCAUGCCCAGCAGAUGAAAACCAUCAAGCAGAGCGUACUGGACGGCACCUCAAAGUGGUCAGCCAAGAUAACCAUCACAGUUGUCUGUGCCCAAGGACUUCAGGCAAAGGACAAGACCGGAUCCAGUGAUCCAUAUGUCACUGUUCAGGUGGGCAAGACCAAGAAGAGAACCAAGACCAUUUAUGGCAACCUUAAUCCUGUCUGGGACGAGAAGUACCAUUUUGAGUGCCACAAUUCCUCAGACCGGAUCAAAGUGCGUGUGUGGGAUGAGGAUGAUGACAUCAAGUCGAGGGUGAAGCAGCGUCUCAAGAGGGAAUCUGAUGAUUUCCUAGGCCAGAGUAUUAUUGAAGUUCGAACACUGAGUGGAGAAAUGGAUGUCUGGUACAACCUUGAGAAGAGGACAGACAAGUCAGCUGUGUCAGGUGCCAUUCGCCUCCAGAUCAACGUGGAAAUCAAAGGAGAGGAGAAAGUGGCUCCGUAUCAUGUGCAAUACACCUGUUUGCAUGAGAACCUGUUCCACCACUCGACUGAUGUGCUGGGCCAAGGUGUGGUGAAAAUCCCAGAAGCUCGUGGGGACGAUGCAUGGAAAGUCUACUUUGACGAUGUGGCGCAGGAAAUAGUAGACGAGUUUGCCAUGCGCUACGGGAUUGAGUCAAUCUACCAGGCCAUGACCCACUUUGCCUGUCUGUCGUCUAAGUACAUGUGUCCUGGGGUCCCUGCAGUGAUGAGCACCCUGCUGGCCAAUAUUAAUGCCUUCUACGCCCACACAACAGCUUCCACCAAUGUGUCCGCCUCCGACCGCUUUGCUGCCUCCAAUUUUGGGAAAGAACGCUUUGUUAAGCUUUUAGACCAGCUGCACAACUCCUUGCGCAUUGACCUCUCAACCUACAGGAAUCACUUUCCUGCCAGCAGCAAGGAUCGCCUGCAGGAUUUGAAAUCCACUGUUGAUCUUCUAACCAGCAUCACUUUCUUCAGGAUGAAGGUCCAGGAGCUACAGUCACCGCCUAGAGCCAGCCAGGUGGUGAGGGACUGUGUCAAAGCCUGCCUCAACUCUACAUAUGACUACAUCUUCAAUAACUGCCAUGAGUUGUACAGCAGACAGUACCAACCCGUGGACACGAACAAAGAGGAGCUCCCGCUGGAGGAGCAAGGUCCGAGCAUCAAGAACUUGGAUUUCUGGCCCAAACUCAUCAUGCUCAUUGUCUCCAUCAUUGAGGAAGACAGGAACUCAUACACACCUGUUCUCAACCAAUUUCCUCAAGAACUGAGUGUGGGGAAGGUGUCAGCAGAAGUCAUGUGGACAAUGUUUGCUCAAGAUAUGAAGUAUGGUAUGGAGGAGCACGAGAAGCACAGACUGUGUAAGAGCACCGACUACAUGAACCUGCACUUUAAGGUCAAGUGGCUCUACAAUGAAUAUGUGAAGGAGCUGCCAAACUUUACAGGCGUUGUUCCCGACUACCCAUCAUGGUUUGUACAAUUUGUGCUGCAGUGGUUGGAUGAAAAUGAAGACGUAUCAAUGGAGUUUAUGCAUGGAGCCCUUGAGAGGGACAAAAAAGAUGGAUUCCAGCAGACAUCUGAGCAUGCGCUGUUCUCCUGCUCUGUGGUGGACAUCUUUACACAGCUCAACCAGAGCUUCGAGAUCAUCAGGAAACUGGAUUGUCCCGACCCUAACGUCUUGGCUCAGUACAGCCGCCGCUUCUCCAAGACUAUUGCCAAAGUUCUCCUUCAGUACAGUGCCAUUCUGACCAAGAGUUUUCCUUCUUAUAUCGACAAGGAGAAGAUUCCAUGUGUCCUGUUGAAUAAUGUGCAGCAGUUGAGAAUCCAGCUUGAGAGGAUGUUUGAGUCGAUGGGUGCCAAACAGAUGGACUCCGAGGCCAGUGACAUACUGAACGACCUGCAGGUGAAGCUGAACAACGUGCUGGAUGAGCUCAGUAGCACAUUUGGGAACAGUUUCCAGAGUCGUAUCAACGAAUGCAUGCGGCAGAUGGCGUCCCUGCUGUACCAGAUCAAAGGGCCGCUCAACGCCAACAACAAAAACCAGGUAGAGGCCGACUCUGACAACAUGCUGCGGCCACUCAUGGAUUUCCUGGAUGGGAGGCUGACACUGUUCGCCACCGUUUGUGAGAAGACUGUUUUGAAGCGUGUGCUCAAGGAGCUGUGGAGGAUUGUAAUGAGCAGCCUGGAGAAGACUAUCGUCCUGCCGCAGGGCAGCGAUACCUUUGGUGCACAGAUUCUCUCAGCUGCAAAAGAACUGGGUCAGCUGUCUAAACUGAAGGAUCACAUGGCAGGAGAGGCUAAAAGCCUGUCUCCCAGGCAGUGUGCUGUCAUGGACGUGGCACUGGACACUAUCAAGCAAUACUUCCAUGCAGGAGGCAACGGGCUGAAGAAGGCCUUCCUGGAGAAGAGUCCCGAGCUGUCCUCUCUCCGCCAUGCUCUGUCCCUCUACACUCAGACAACAGACACACUCAUUAAGACGUUUGUGACCACCCAACACGCUCAAGUGCACAAUGGAAAGGGUAUUAGGUUAACUCCCAAUGACAAAAUACAGCCCAGCAGGGGUUCAGGUGUGGACAAGCCAAUAGGCGAGGUGUCCGUCCAGAUCGAGCUGCACACUCAUCCUAAGAGUGGGGAGCGGAAAGUCACGGCCAGAGUUAUCGGAGCCAGUGACUUGAAAUGGCAGACAUCCGGUAUGUUCCGACCUUUCGUGGAGAUCACCAUGAUCGGGCCUCACCUCAGCGACAAGAAACGCAAAUUCCAGACUAAAUCCAAGAACAACGCCUGGUCUCCUAAGUUCAAUGAGACUUUCCAUUUUGUUCUGGGUAACCAGGAUGGCUUCGAGUGCUACGAGCUGCAGGUCUGUGUCAAAGACUACUGUUUUGGCCGUGCCGACAGAGUCGUCGGCUUGGCUGUGAUACAACUGAGAGAAAUCACAGCGAAGGGCAACUGUGCGUGCUGGUGUCCGCUGGGCCAACGUAUUUAUAUGGACGACACCGGCCUCACUGCCAUGAGGAUCCUCUCCCAGCGCUCCAACGACGACGUGGCCAAGGAGUUUGUGAAGCUGAAAUCGGAGACUCGUUCUGCAGAGGAGGGAAGAUGAGUAGAGCUGGAGAGUGAAGUGAAAGAGACAGAAAUGAUGGAAGGUCUCCUAAUAUGACAAUGAGAGAAGGAUCUUAUGUCUUGUCAAAAAGCAGGGGGUUAUUUUCUGUAGAUGGCCAUGUAGACUCUUAUUCAGACCUUUGAUGUGUCUUAGCUGCUGUUGACUGUUUGGUGGCGCCUUGCCAAGCUCACCGACACACUGUCACAUUAACACUCACUUUUCUGUGUUCUUCAAACACGAGCUACUGUACAGCACACAACCACACAGAUGCCGGCUCACUCAACCCUCACGCUCACCAGCUGUUUCACCUCAUUUAACCUUUGAGUUUAACCCCCAUCCUCAUCAGUGCGCUCGCCACAACCUCAAGGGAACAAAGAAUGCCAGAAACCAGUUCCCACCCCCUCCCCAGUGCUGUUGUGCAAUAACCCCACCUGAACGAAGGCCAUGUGUUUGAUGCCUUACACUCUGAAAACUGUGAAUGUGUGACACCUUUUGAAUGCCCUCCUCUGUAGCUCCACUGUGACGGUUCGAGUAAAUGUGAAAAUACUGUGUGGUUUGUCUCAGAGAGGGGUCUUUUGUUUGAUGAAUGAAUGUGUGCUAGCUGGUAGACAGUCCUAGUUUUUAUGGUCUGUUAUUAAAUGGAGUGGUAGUGAAGCCGAUGAAGUUAAUCUUGUACAGUUAAUGCGUCAAGAGAAGGUACUUAAACUAAUAACCCUUAAUUGACCCCUUAAUUUAACAGAUCGUUCAGUUAAGUGUGUGCCUUGCCAUGUUACGUUUCCAGUCCUGUUUCCCCAGGAAAACCAGAAUAAUGAUCAGUGAAUAAUAACAUGUCAAAUCAAAAACCGAGAGCAGUCACGUGAACACUGUCUCUGGCCAUAUUUAUUUACAAUUACCUGAUCUGUUAACAGCUCGUGGCUCAUGUUGUGUACCCAUGAUGGUGCAGCCAUUGUAUUUAUUUUUUAUACAUAUUUAUUUUUGUCUGUGCUUUUCCAAAGCCUGUGAUUUAAAAUGUUGUUUACUGCUGGGAACAGACAUGUUUGCCACAAGAGUGUGUUUUGAGGGAUUUGCACAGCAGCUGCUGCUGCUGCUGCUGCUGCAGUCCAACCGAAGCUUCUUUACAAAAUGAAACACACAUCCUCAGAAUUGACACCCUAGUGUUUGUGAGGAAAUGACUGACAAAGUCGGCAACUUCCGUCCUUGAUAGUGAUAACUGUCUUUUUAGAAUUGUUCAUUUUUGGUAGAGAAAUGCUACAUGUUGAACUUUCAGGUAACAAGUUUUUCUUCCAAAAAGGAUAUCUGAACAUUUGAGCACGAGCUCCUCAGCUGCAGAGGAGUGUAGAAUAACUUAUGGUUUACAUUUAUCUUCCUGCUCUGUUUUUCUUCUUCUCUUCCUAUGAGCGGCCUUACUUUGGUGGAAAAACAAACAAAAUCUGUGUAACUUUUUAAUCUUUUUUUUUUUAUUUUUUAUCCUUGUAUUUCCUUUGGCUCUAAGCGGUGAGGAUUAGCCACUUCUUCUGCCCGUGAUGAUGUCAAAUAAGUUUUCCAAGUGAUGUUCCUUAUUAUUUUGUACUUUUUAUCUUUGAUAUUUGCAGAUGUAACAUUAUCUAGGCUGGGUUUUCUUUUGUCUUCUGUUCCUUCUGGUGUUUUUUUUGUAAGUGUUGAUCCUUUUUAAUGGUGUGGACUGAUGUCAAUCACUGUAUUAUAAGAUAUGUUUCAGUUUUAUGGACAGGAGUCAUAUACAGUGAGCUGUGUGCCAGUGAAUUUGUUCAUAACUGAUGGAAGAAUAUUCAAAUGUUACUUUUAAUGAAGGAGGCUUAUUGCUAUAAUAUGAGAACCUCAAUGUGUGCACAUUUUGAAACCGAUCACGCCCUGUAGAAACCACUAAUCCUCUUUGUUACAGUUCUUUCUCCUUUGUGAAUAAUUUAUGUUGUCGGUUUAUGAGGGCAAAUGUUUCAUAGCCAUUCUGUAAUAUACUGUUCAUGUUCCUUGUGCCAAGUUGCAAGUGUUCACUUCUUAAUUUGUAUUUGUUUUCUAACUUUGUUAACCCUUGCACUAUCACUAAGUCACUGCAAUAGUUAACAAGUACAGUACAUCAGUCGAAGUAUCUGCAUUUGUGUGCUGUGUUCUUUGUAUCGUCACUACUCUGAAAUGUUGUCACCAUGUAAACAUUCCAUUUAAUUAAUUUUGUAUAAAGUAUUUGAGAAGUAUC